UCUCACGCCCCUGCCCAGCCCUUGAAACCCAAUAACCAAGAUCAUUCAACAAUGCCUUCCCUUCCCUGGCUACAUCCUUGCUGCACUCUGAACUGCACAAGGCACGGCGCCCGCAGCGUGUGAAGAAGCAGGGUCACUGCCCCCAUCCAGCUCAGACUGGAGGGACAGGGUGAGCAAACAGCACGUCGCACAGCUCCUGCGGGCUGCAGCCAAGGCAAGGAUGGACAAGCUCUUCUUCUGGGGCAUUCUUCUGGCCUCCUCUGUCUGCUUCCAAGCGGUGUCUGUGGACCAAGAUGCUGCACCCUCAUGCCCACCUCAGUGCCACUGUGAAGAAGAUGGCAUCAUGCUCUCCGUGGACUGCUCUGAGCUGGGGCUUUCGGAAGUCCCUGGCAACCUGAGCCCUCUAACAGCUUACCUAGAUCUGAGCAUGAACAACAUUAGCUGGCUGCAGCCCAGGACUCUCUACCACCUGCGCUUCCUGGAGGAGCUACGCCUCUCUGGAAACCAGAUCUCCAGGAUCCCAGGGGAAGCUUUUUCUGGCCUCUACAGUCUGAAGAUUCUGAUGUUGCAGAACAACCAGCUGAGCCACAUCCCUGCAGAGGCACUGAGAGAGCUGCCAAACCUCCAAUCUCUACGCCUGGACGCAAACCUUAUCUCUGUGGUGCCCGAGAAGAGCUUUGAGGGGCUGCUUUCCUUACGUCACCUGUGGCUGGACGAUAACGCCCUGACGGAGAUCCCUGUCCAAGCUCUGAACCACCUGCCAGCGCUGCAGGCCAUGACCCUGGCUCUCAACCACAUCUGGCACAUUCCCGAUUACGCCUUCCAGAACCUCAGCAGCCUCGUGGUGCUGCACCUGCACAACAACCGGAUCCAAACUCUGGGCGCCAACGGCUUUGAUGGGCUGCACAGCUUGGAAACUUUGGAUCUAAACUACAAUGAGCUGUUGGAAUUCCCUGGGGCUAUUAGGACUCUGGGUCGACUACAGGAGCUUGGCUUUCAUAACAACAACAUCAAAGCUAUUCCAGAGAACGCAUUUGUUGGGAAUCCCCUCCUCCAAACAAUCCAUUUCUAUGACAAUCCCAUCCAGUUUGUUGGACAGUCUGCUUUCCAGUACUUGCCAAAGCUACACACUCUGUCACUCAAUGGUGCAACGGACAUCAGAGAAUUCCCAGACCUUAAAGGAACCACCAGCCUAGAAGUUUUGACCUUGACCCGGGCAGGUAUCCAUUUACUUCCCAAAGGGAUGUGCCAGCAGCUGCCCAGCCUCCGAGUCCUAGAACUGUCUUACAAUCAAAUCGAAGAGCUGCCCAGUUUCCACCGGUGUCAGCGGCUGGAAGAGCUUGGUCUCCAGCACAAUAAGAUCCAUGAAAUCAGAGCAGACACCUUUGGGCAGCUAAUGGCCCUGCGCUCCAUAGACCUGAGUUGGAAUUACAUCCAGUUUAUUCAUCCUGAAGCCUUUGUGACUCUGCACUCACUCACCAAGCUGGACUUGACUGAUAACCAGCUGGUCACACUGCCUCUGGAUGGUUUGGGUGGACUGACCCAUCUGAAGCUCCAAGGCAACCCAGCUCUCUCUGAGCCCUUCUCCAAGGAGAGCUUCCCCAAAAUGAGAGUCCUUGAGGUACCUUACGCUUACCAGUGCUGUGCCUAUGGAAGCUGCAGCAGCUUCUUCAAGGUGUCGAACCAAUGGGAAGCAGAAAACAUGAGCCCUGAGGAGGAGGAUCCCCAUAAGAGAACCAUGGAAUUGUUUCCAGGUCACGCUGAUAACCACUAUGAGCUAGAUGCAGAUGACCUCCAGCUGGAUCUUGAGGAAUCAAAGCUGCACCCCACUAUACAGUGCACGCCCAGCCCUGGGCCCUUCAAGCCUUGUGAGCACUUGUUUGAGAGCUGGAUCAUCCGCCUGGGAGUCUGGGUCAUUGUUCUGGUCUCAGUGCUCUGCAAUGGGCUGGUCAUUUUGGCUGUCUUUGCCUCUCCCAGUUACCUCUCCCCAGUUAAGUUUGUCAUCGGCUCCAUAGCUGGAGCCAACAUGCUGACCGGCGUUUACUGCAGUAUGCUGGCUCUCGUCGAUUCCCUGACCUACGGCCAGUUUGCUAAUUAUGGUGCCAGGUGGGAGACUGGCAUGGGCUGCAGGGUGAUGGGGUUCCUGUCCAUGUUUGCGUUGGAGGCUGCCAUCUUUCUGCUGACUCUGGCUGCUGUGCAGUGCAGCAUUUCAGUCUCCUGUGUGCGGGGGUAUGGGAAGUUACCCUCCUUAGGCAAGGUCAAGGCCGCUGCCCUUUGCUGCCUGUUGCUGUCCUCUGUUGCUGCAGCUCUGCCUCUCUUCUCCAUUGGGGAAUAUGCAGCAUCCCCUCUCUGCCUCCCGUAUCCCAUCCCGGAUGGGAAACCUGCCACCCUGGGCUUCACUGUGGCCUUAGUGAUGACAAACAUGCUCUGCUUCCUGACUAUCACAGGCACCUACAUCCGGCUCUACUGCAACCUGCUGAAAGGCGAGUUCAGCGCUGUCUGGGACUGUGCCAUGGUCAAGCAUGUGGCCUGGCUGAUCUUCACCAACUGCCUCCUCUACUGCCCAGUGGCCUUCCUCACCUUCUCCUCCAUGCUCAACCUCUUCCUCAUCAGCCCAGAGGUCAUCAAAUCCAUCCUCCUUGUGGUGCUGCCCUUGCCUGCCUGCCUGAACCCCCUGCUCUACCUGUUGUUCAACCCCCACUUCAGAGAUGACCUCCGCCUGCUGAGGCAGAAGGGCCAGGACGAGGGAAGCUACCCCCAGUCCUGCAGGGCUGAUGACAUGGAGAAAAGCUCCUAUGACUCCACCCAGGCUCUCGUGAGCUUCUCUGACAUUGACCACAUAUUCGAGAGGCCUGACUCCCUGGUAGUGCACCCCAUCCUUGACAGCUACAGCUUUCCCUCCAUGACGCUCGUCCCCUGCCAGCAACGGGUGGGCACCAGGGAGAAGAAGAGGGGCUACUCUGAGCAUUGCCCCUGCCUCAAUGACAGUGAGGUUCUGAUCACUUCGGAAAGCCGAGAUCCAGCCAGCAGCAGCCUCCGGAUAGCCUUCUUCUCCUCCCCACCCACACCACCCUACACAUCUCACUUAUAAAGCUCCUCUGAGCAGCCAUGCAGAACAGCCCCACACCACACACUGAUGGCCAGCCCCAACACACGGUGGCCAGCAAGGUGACAGCAGGCUGCUCCAUGUAAAGCACCGAUACGACCCAUCCACCCUCACCCCCCAUCAUGUAAGGCUUGGCAACAGGCACCACACUGCCAGCUGCCACUCGCCUGGAAGGGCUCUGACUGAGCUCCAGAUCCUCAGGGCUGGCCAUGGCAGGAGAUAAACCUUCUGUGUGAGUGCUUCCCCUGCUAGUGACCGCAUGGGAGAGAGCCCCACCAGUCAGGAAACGUGUCAGGGAGACCCUGCUCCUGGUCAUCCUGUAGCAUCGCAAGCUGAGAAGAGCCCUGAGCAGAAAGCAGAAGCCUGCAGCAAAGCCAAGCAUGUCUUAUCAAGGGAGAGACAUCUUAGCAAGCAAAAGCCUUUGCUCUCUAGCAGAAAUGGGUGGAAAUGGCCUACCACAAUGCCAGUGCCUCAGGCCUUGCCCCUUGGGGUCCUCUGACCCCAGGAAAUGGGCUUGUGUCUGACCCAUGCCAUCGACAGGAAGAGCAAAGGAAGUGGAUUAAAAAGCAGUGUAUUCGUGUGUGUGCCUGAGGUUUGAAAUGCCUCCGUUUUGGGAGGCUCUGGUUUGCCCAGCAGGAGCCACACGGGUUAGGCAGGACCCACACUUUCAGUUGAUGUCAGAAGCUGGAAAUGUUCAGCCCCUCUUUCAGUCUGGCCCACAGUGUCUAACAAGGGGAUUGCUAAACCCUAAGGCGGCCAAAUCCAAAACAUCCCUUAGAGAAAUGACUAUACAUGCCUUGAUAACGCAGCAACUCCUGGCCAGGGCCCCCAAGGGAACACGGGACUCUCUCCCACCUCGUUCACUCUGUUCAUGGGGUGGCUUUCGCACACUGGAACACACCCUGGGUCACUUCUGCCUGUACCACCCGGCUUCCGGUCAGGUGUAAUGGGAACAAGAUAUGGAUCACUCACCACCCCUAGACUUCACUCCUAGAAGACACUUUCAGUUCUUGGGUACACAUUCCCCAUGCAGAAGAGCCAGCCGGGGGGCUGCGUUUGCCCUCCCAUAUUUUGAGGGCAGCUCAUGCAGAAGGAGGGAAUAGAGGCCAGCCGUGUGGGACGAUGGCGUCAGGAGGACACAGGCCACUGGAGAGAGCCUCAAACUCACUCCCUGCAGCUCAGGGAUCUCCCAAAGCCAUCUACUUUACCGCAGUCUCUCCCCCUGCCACCUAAUGCAGCAGGGAGUCCCUUCAGUCAGAGCUCAGGCCCUGGGCAAAGCUUUGGUUCUGCCGACAUUACUGCAGCUGUGUAAGUCAUUCAUCCUUGUGAGAUAAUAAAUGAGCCCCAUUGCUGACCA